AGGAUAAAAAUCCUCGAACGCUAACUGAUUAUCAUGCGAGGGAAAGGGAGAGAGACGAUGAGCCAUGGCGACGAAGGGAUGAUGAGAUGGACCGGGACCGCAGGACUCGCGAGACAUAUGGACGAGCUAGGAGACUGGAUGAUUACUCGCGUAGCCCUCGUUAUGAGGCUGAUGGGGGUAGAGGCGAUUCUCGCGGCCGGUGGGAGUCAGAUCAUGGACGGCGAGACGGAUACAGGGAUGGCAGAUAUGAGAGAUCGGACCGAGAUGGUUGUAGGGACGACAGAUAUGAGAGGUCGGAUCGAGAUGGAUACAAGGGUGGAAGAUAUGAGAGAGGAGAUCGAGACAGAGGCCGACGAGAUGGCUCGCGCGAACGAUAUGACCGCGGGGGAUUCGCGAGAGAACAGCACGACGAUUCGCGGGGGUGGUACGACCGAGGAGAUCGACGCGAUGAGUCACAUGGGCGAUACGACCAUGGAGACCUCCGGAAUGACUCACGGGGGCGAAAUGAGCAAGGAGGGUCUGAAGGAGAUCACAGAAAUGAUUCACGCGGACGGAAUGAGAGAGGGGGAUAUGGCUCGUCAUCUAAUCCAUGAUCUAGGAGACGUAUCAAUGUUCCCUUCGAUGAAGGAGAAUGUUGAAGCAAGGAGAGUAAAGCCGAGUAAAGGAAAGGAGCCGGUUAGGAGCCAGAGCAUCAAGAUAACUUUCGAAGGAGAUAUGCCAACCACACCCAUAAGGGUGGGAGCUACCAAGUCGGCGAGGGGGUCUACAUCAAGGAAGACCGAUACAGAUUACGUGAUGGCAGAGAAUGAUGGACAACGGAUUGAUGGAGAGGAGGUUAUUCUUUCACCGCGAAAGCAGGGAGUGAAAAAGUUCUUGAUGAAGAGUUCGCUGGAUGAGAUUGACACGGUCGAGCCACUGGGACGGGCCCUUCAGCAGCCCAUGCAGUGCUCUAUUCUGGAAUAUCUGGCAGCAUCCAAGCCGGCUCGUGACAAGUUACAGAUGAUCACGCGAAAGACUCGCAUACCUCUAUCAGAGGACGCUCAGGUGGCCCCUGAGGCGGAUGCUCCUACUGCAGCAGUAUCGGAGGUGACUGCUAGAGCAGAUCGCAUGGCGACAGUUCUUCUUGAUGGGAUGGAAGGUGUGUCUCCAGACAAGUUUUACAUACUUGGUAGUGGGACCGUGGAAGCGAUCCUAAACGACGGAGCGGUUUUAGAUGCUGUGAUCGAUAACGGCAGUGAGGCUAUCAUUAUAGACGAGGAUCUGGCAGAGCAAGUUGGACUGGGACUCGAUAGGUCAUACUUAUUCGAGAUAGAGACGGCUGAUGGGAGAAAGCAACAGAUCUCAGGAGUUUGUCACAAGGCAGCCAUAGAAGUCUAAUGGGUACGAGUGACUCUACCAGUCUUUGCAGUC